AUGCCAAUUCAAUAUGGAAGUGUUCCGCUACGAAAGAAACACAAAGAUCUUGAAUCUCAGCUGAACAGCAGCCGUUGUGGGGGGCGGAGCAUCUGGUGGACUCUGUCUGUAGAUCUCCCUCUCCUCUUAUUAGUUUGUCUCCUCGUGGGUCUGUUUGAGCUUGGCGUGAUCCCGCACCACAAAAACGGCUUCUACUGCAAUGAUCCUGGUCUAUCAUUUCCCUUCACUGGAGACACAGUUUCUUUUUUAGUUCUCGUCUUGUCUAUUAUCUUCUGCCCAUUUGUAUUAGUAUUUGUAACAGAAUACAUUUUUCACAACUCAACGUACAACACGCAGACGAGACUACGCCAUGUAGCAAGAACCACCCUGUAUAUAUACCGAAGCUACGCGUACGGAUUGUUCUUCAAUUUGGGUGUCGUGGAGGUGAUGAAAGGUCUCACUGGGAAUCCAAGACCCACCUUCUUUGACAUUUGUGAACCGGAUACGGCAAAAACUUGCAACGGGUCGGAAUAUGUCAGCACAUUUGAAUGCACAUCAACAAGAUUUUCCUCGUGGUACCAAACGGACGCAUAUCACAGCUUUCCGUCUGGACACACGUCACUGUCCGUCUACUGUGGACUAUUUAUGGCGUGGUACCUGCAGAAGCGGGCGUUUGACUGGCGGCACCGCACCGUUUUCCUUGUCCCUGUAUUACAAAUGGCUAGUGUGACGUAUGCUGCCAUCUGUUCCCUGACGCGGAUAACAGACCGACGACACCACUGGUGGGAUGUACUGACCGGCGCGGUCAUAGGCGUAUCAACGUUGUUAUAUGCGGUUGUCGUGCUAUGUAAAAACUUCAAGACGAUAUCAAACUUGGAAGACAAAGCAAUGACCGAGAGCCAGCAUACAGUCCAAACUGCCUGCUUCGAUGAACAACAGACGAUUCCCUUAUAA